GCCGGUGAUCCUACGGGCACUGGCUUUGGCGGUGAAUCAAUAUAUGGAGGUCCAUUCGCAGAUGAAUUUCAUACACGACUGAGAUUUGUGCGAAGAGGGUUGGUGGCAAUGGCAAGUUCCGGGAAGAACGAUAACCGUAGUCAAUUUUUCAUCACAUUAGAUAGGGCAGAUGAGUUACAGAACAAACACACAAUUUUCGGAAAAGUAGCGGGAGAUACUAUCUUCAAUGUUUUGAAGAUAGGCGAACUUGAGGUUGAUGAGAAUGAACGACCUCUUUAUCCGCCUAAAAUCACAUCCGUCGAAGUGGUGCACAACCCAUUUGAUGAUAUAGUUCCGCGCAUCACUGAAUUUGAAAAAAUGGUACAGGCAUCGAUUUCUGUCGCACCAAAAGAGGAACCACCAAAGAAGAAAAUCAAAAA